GACUUGGAGUUCGUCGUUUCCAACAAGGUGACCAGGGUCAUCAACUGCGCCGGCAGACAGGUACCAAAUCACUGGGAGUCGAUCGGCGUUGUAUAUCUAACUUACUACUGGGUGGAUGCAGAGAGCCAGGUGGUACUGGAUCCCCGCGAUGUCGUGUCGUCUGAGUCAUUUCGUUUCAUAGAGGAGGCUCUGAAUGCAGCCGAGAGUGUACUCAUCCACUCCGUGCGGGGGCAGUCCAGAUCCUGCUGUAUCCUUGGAGCUUACAUGAUGAGAAAGUACAGUUGGGGCCUCCGCAAGACCAUGGAAUUCCUGAGCUUCCGGAGGCCUGACAUGAACUUGAAAACUGCGUUCAUGCAGCAGCUGUCAUCGCUCGAGCGACGCCUGGCGGAGAAGCUCGGGUGCGUCAAAGCAGGCUCUGAGUGGGAUCCUCAGUGCUGGCUGACGUGCACGGAGACCCCAACGCUGCAUCUGGCUCCUCGACUGACAGGCACAGGCUGGUCCGAAGCAGAUUUCAGCUGUUUGGAGGCCGAGGACUUGCUCCUCCGAAACACAUACCUGAAUGGUCAGAUGGGACCCCUUGCAGAGUUUCAUUCUGGGCUCGAGAGACAGCUGCCACGACGGUUGGUUUGGCUGGACCAGGAGAGCCACGACAGAUCGCGGCUUGAGAAGCCCAGUGGCGCAGAUCGCCACAACAUAAAGGUCGGAGGUGCCAUCCCGGAGGCCGCAGGCCUACAUAGCAUCCUCCGGAAGAAGGCACCAGCCGCCGACAGCUCAGCCUUGCUAGGACCGUUAGGUUGCACUACGGAUGCAGUGCUGGUAACUUGCUUGUUUGCCCUUGAUCUCGCCCUGGCCAGUUGGCUCGAGUCCAGUUUUGACACGCUCAACGCAGCUUCUUUCACUGUGGAGAUGUCUGCCCAGGUUGCUUUCGUCUCACCCGGUGAGGCCACCUUGAGGGCUGCGCCUCCCAAAGGCAGCCCCACGAGCUUUGCAAAGAGCGAAGUGAGGGAGCCAGAGCUCCGAACGGCCGGCGCGGCGGCGCUGCUGGGCGUGGCCUUGGGGGCCUCCCGAUCUCGCUCCAAGCGCUCUCAGGUCGCGCGGCGAGUGGCCACCGCCGACGUCCAAACGCCGGUAGCUCCGGAUGGGGAAGACGACAUGAUGGCGGGCAUGUCUGGUGGAUUUGGUGGCUACACUCAGUCGAACGUUGCUGCUCGCCGUGUGGUCCCCACCGAUAAGCAGCGUGAGGGGCGUGCCUGUGUGAAGGUGGUCUAUGUGGUUCUCGAGUCGCAGUACCAGUCUGCGAUGACGGCGGCUAUCCGCCAAAUCAACAAAUCCCCGGGCCCCGUCUGCAUGGAGUGCGUCGGUUACCUGCUUGAAGAAAUCCGGGAUGCGGCUAGUGAGGAGGAACUCGCCAAGGACUUGGACGAUGCCAACAUCUUCAUCUGCUCCUUGAUCUUCGUGCAGGAGCUGGCUGAGAAGCUGGUGAAGAUCGUGGAGCCGCGCCGUGCAAAGCUUGAUGCAUGCCUUUGUUUCCCCUCGAUGCCUGAAGUCAUGAAGCAAAACAAACUGGGCACCUUCGAUUUGACACAGAUCGCAGGAGGCCCUUUGGGCAACUUUGCCCAGCAAGUGAAAGACUUGCGCCAGAAGUCGCUGGCCAAAACGAAGCCUGCGUCAGGUGGAAACUUUCAGGACAGCUUGCUGAAGUUGGUCCGAACAUUGCCCAAGGUUUUGAAGACCUUCGUCUUGUCUCUGCAGCACUGGUUGGGCGGUACGCCAGAGAACUUGGAGGCAAUGCUUCUGCGCAUUGCAGGUGGGUACGUGCCCUCCGUGGACUCCAUUGACACAGAGUCCCUCAUGGAUCCAGUUGUUCUUCCUGACAUGGGAGUUUGGCACCCUCUGGCUCCAACCAUCUUCGACUCUAUGACUGAGUACAGGGAGUGGUACGACAAAGUGCAUUGCCCUGCAGCAGGCAUCGCGCCGGAUUCCCCGAUGAUUGGUCUGGUUUUGCAAAAAUCGCACAUUGCAACCAAGGAUGACGGUCACUACGUGGGCAUGGUCCAGGAGCUGGAAAGGCGUGGGGCGCGAGUGGCCUGCACGUACACCGGUGGCCUGGACUUCUCUGUGCCAGCAAAGGAAUACCUUGCGGGUCCCACCGGUGAAGGCCUCGUCGACGCCCUGGUGAACUUAACGGGCUUUUCUCUUGUGGGCGGGCCAGCAUCUCAGGAUGCCGCGAAAGCCAAGGAGGUCCUCAUGCGCUUCAAUCGGCCCUACUUGGUGAGUGUCCCACUGGUCUUUCAGUCCUUCACGGAAUGGCAGAACAGCCAACUUGGCCUUCAUCCGGUGCAGGUCGCCUUGCAGGUGUCCUUGCCUGAGAUCGACGGUGCGAUUGAGCCACUGAUCUUCUCCGGCCGCGAUGGCACCACGGGUCGGUCCAUUCCGAUGCAAGAUCGAAUCGGUGCCCUAGCGACCCGUUCCAUGAACUGGGCAAACUUGCGCAGAAAGCCCAAUGCCGAGAAGAAGCUCAGCAUUUGUGUCUUCCAGUUCCCUCCGGACAAAGGCAACGUGGGCACGGCUGCCUACCUGGAUGUCUUCGGCAGCAUCUUCGCGGUGAUGGGAGAGUUAAAGAAGCAGGGCUACACGAUCGAGGACAUGCCCGACAGUGUGGAGGGCUUGCAGAAGUCCAUACUGGAAGACCCAGAGGCAGCCAUGUCCAUGUCAGAUCUUAACGUGGCCUACCGAAUGAGUGUGGAUGAGUACGAGGAGUUGUGUCCCUUCGCCAUGGAUCUUCGCGAGAAUUGGGGUGCUCCGCCGGGCGAGCUGAACACAGAUGGUCGGGACAUGCUGAUCUAUGGGAAGCACUUCGGCAACAUCUUCCUGGGUGUGCAGCCUACCUUCGGCUAUGAGGGUGAUCCCAUGCGGCUUCUCUUCGCCAAGUCAGCGUCCCCACAUCACGGAUUUGCUGCUUUCUACACAUACCUGGAGUUUAUCUUCAAGGCGGACGCGUUGCUUCACUUUGGCACUCACGGUUCCCUGGAAUUCAUGCCAGGCAAGCAGGUGGGCAUGUCCGGAGGCUGCUAUCCCGACCGCUUGAUCUCUGUGCUGCCGAACCUCUACUACUAUGCAGCCAACAACCCGUCAGAGGCCACCAUCGCCAAGCGGCGCUCUUAUGCCUCUACGAUCUCGUACUUGACCCCUCCUGCAGAGAACGCGGGCUUGUACAAAGGCUUGAAGGAACUCAGUGAGUUGGUGAAAUCCUACCAGGGCCUACGCGAGAACGAGCAGCGUGGUGCCUCCAUCGUGAACAGUAUCGUGGCAACAGCUCGCCAGUGCAACUUGGACAAAGAUAUUGAGCUUCCUUCAGAGGAGGACGAUAUGGCAGCUGUCACUCUGGAUGAGCGUGAUGCCGUGGUGGGAAAAGUGUACCGCUUGCUCAUGGAAAUCGAGUCGCGAGCUCUGCCAAUGGGCCUACAUCAAGUUGGGGUUCCACCGACUGCUGAAGAAAGCGUUGCAACCUUGGUGAACAUUGCCCAGUUGGAUCGUCCGGAGAUGGGCAUCAAGAGCCUUCCACGGCUGCUGGCCGAGAGUAGGGGGAAGGACAUCGAAGCCGUUUACAAGGGCAACAACGAUGGCAACCUCGAGGACGUGGCGUUGGUGCAAGAGAUUACUCUGGCCAGCCGUGCUGCGGUCGGGGCCCUGGUGCAGCAAUCCACAAACUCGGAAGGCCGAGUUGAAGAAGUGAACACCUUCGUGCAGGACAUGUUCAAUUUCUUCUCGGGGGGCUCUCCUUACAAGAAGGCUUUGGAUGAAUCUGGCUUCUCAGGCGUCGCAGAGGAGCCGCUGAAGCCGCUCUUUGAGUACCUCCAGGCCUGCCUCGGAGAGGUGGUGCGCAACAACGAGGUCCCGAGCCUGAUCAAUGCCUUGGAGGGCAAAUUCAUCGAGCCGGGCCCGGGUGGCGAUCCCAUCCGAAAUCCUGACGUCUUGCCCACCGGAAAGAACAUGCAUGCCUUGGACCCCAACUCCAUCCCAACCAAGGCCGCAAGCGACGUGGCGAUGGUGGUGGUGGAUCGGCUCCUAGAGUCCUUGAAGGAGCAGCAGGGCGAGAUUCCCGAGUCCAUCGCUUUUACCUUGUGGGGGACGGACAACAUCAAGACCUACGGCGAGUCCUUGGCCCAGGUCUUGGCCUUGGUCGGGUGCCGGCCCGUUCCGGACUCUCUUGGCCGGGUGAACAAGGUGGAACUCAUUCCUUUAGAGGAGCUGGGACGGCCCCGGAUUGACGUGGUCUGCAACUGCUCCGGGGUCUUUCGGGACCUCUUCAUCAAUCAGAUGAACCUGCUUGAUCGUGCGAUCAAGGCUGCCGCCGAGGCCGAGGAGCCAAUCGAGAUGAACUUCGUGCGGAAGCACGCCAUGGAGCAGGCCGAGGAGCUGAACAUCUCCCUGCGCCAGGCGGCCACGCGGGUCUUCUCCAACGCCGCCGGCUCCUACUCUGCGAACGUCGGAAUCGCCGUGGAGAAUGGAGCGAGUGUGGAUGAGGAGCAGUUGCAGGAACAGUUCGUCACUCGCAAAGGCUUCGCCCUGAGCUCGGAUGCGCCUGGCGAGCUGAUCGAGUCUUCGGGGCUCUUCAAGUCGGCGCUGAGCAAGGUGGAUGUCACCUUCCAAAACCUGGACAGUAGCGAGAUUUCCUUGACGGACGUAUCACACUACUUCGACAACGACCCCACCAAGGUCGUCUCAAACUUGCGCAAGGAUGGCAAGAAGCCGGAAGCCUUGAUUGCCGACACCACCACGGCCAACGCACAGGUGCGGUCGCUGUCCGCGCAAGUGCGCCUGGACAGCCGCACCAAGCUCCUGAACCCAAAGUUCUACGAGGCCAACCUCAAGGGUGGCUACGAAGGGGUGCGUGAAAUCUCCAAGAGAAUGCGCUUCACUUUCGGAUGGAGCACAACGGCUGAUGCCGUCGACAACUUUGUCUAUGAAGACUGCAACAGCACCUACAUCAAGGACGAGGAAAUCAAAAACAAGAUGCUGGAAGCCAAUCCUGAUGCCUUGCGGGACAUGGUCCAGACAUUCCUCGAAGCAAACGCGAAGGGAUACUGGGACACCGACGACGAGAACCUCCAGCGCCUGCGCGACGUCUACCAGGAGUGCGAGGACCGCAUCGAGGGAGUCGACUUUGCAGCCUGA